AUGAGUGACGAAGACGAGAAGCUGAAGAUACAUAUUCACUAUGGAGGUGUAAUGUCGAAGGAAGGGAACAAGCUACGUUAUAAAGAUAGAUCGCUUGCCCCAGAUAUGUUGGUAGAUCCAGAUUUUCUCACAUUCUCGAUUUUUGAAGAUUUUAGCAAAAAUAAAGAAGUUGUGUGUGAUGUCGAGAAAGCCUGGUAUAGACUACCAACUGAGGAUAUGUCAAUGGCAAGAUUGAUAUGGCAAGAUAAAGAUAGAGAGCUAAUGAAAAUGGCUUCAGAAGCAAAAGAAUGUGGAGAGGUUUACAUCUACCUUGGGCAUAGUGUUUCGCAACAAAGUGUUGAAAAUAGUGCGAGUUUGAUGACUAAUGUUGAUGAAAAUGAGGCUAUCGAAGAGUGCUUGGAUGAUGGUGAGAAUGCUGAUGAUGAAUACGGUGGUGAGGAAGAGGAUAGAGAGGAAGAAGAAAGCGAUGCUGAAAACCGAGAGGGAGAAAGUAGUGAAGAGAGAGAGGAAGAAGUUGGUCAUGAAGAAGAAAGAGAGCCAUCUGAAACGAGACAAGAAGAGGAAGUGCCAUCUGAAACGAGACAAGAAGAAGAAGUGCCAUCUGAGGAUGAGAAUCAGAUAUUAGAUGAAGGCGGAGCUGAUGACCCACGGUUUGCAAACUUGUUUGCUCUAGCUGAAGUAGAAACACCUACCGUUCAUUCCAAGGCUAGUAAGGGUAAUGUAGAUGAUGAAGCUGGUCAUGACAGUGAUAUCGAAGGUGAGAGACUUCUUCCUCCCGGUGAAUAUCCAGAUUCACCAGAAGACACUGAUCCUGGAAGCAGCGACCCAUAUCCACCAAGAAAACGCAAGGCUACUACCAAGAAAUCACAGCUUUUUACACCUAAUCAAUCCCAACUUUCUCAACCUUUUAUUGCACAUGCAGCUGCAUCAUCUACCGCACAUGCAGCUGCGUCAUCUACCGCACCUGCGUCAUCUACUGCAGCUGCAUCAUCUACUGAACCUCAACCGAAGCGUCGUGGACGUCCUCCUGGAAGAGGAAAUGCUCGUAAGGUGACAGUGCCGAGAGGAAUUGGCGUACACAUCUCCAUGGCUCCAAGAUGGAAGUGGAAAGGUGCUGAAGCUAAGGCUCUUGCAGAACCUAUCUCGAAAACAGUCUCAGAUCUUCAGUCUUCUUUGGCACGAACCAAGGCCUCGGGUUUCCUCUCAAGCUGCAACGUCCUACUAUCCGUUGAACCAGAGCAAGCCGAGCUUUUGGACCGCUGUUGUUUCGGUAGACCCGUUGUUUGUGCCGAGAAAGACAAGAGAUGGAUCCAAUUAACUUUCGAAGAAGCUUUCUUUUUGUUCUACAGAUUGAAAUGCAUCAAGAUUUCCUUCGAAGUUCGUUUCUUGGAGAACAAGGUUGAGUUAUGGCGAUUCAUAAGGGCCUCUAAGCCAAACUUUGCUACUUCUUACAAGGCUUAUUCUCAUCUACGAUCAAAGAACUGGAUUGUGAGAUCAGGGUUACAAUAUGGAGUUGAUUUCGUGGCGUAUAGACAUCAUCCGUCUCUUGUCCACUCUGAAUACGCAGUUUUGGUUCAGUCCGUUGAUGAGAAUGACCGGUUAAAGGUGUGCUCAGAUAUUCAUUGCAGUGUUCGGCUAACAGGAAGCGUGGCCAAAACAUUAUUGGUUCUUAACAUCAAUGGAGAAAGGACUACACAGUGGAAGAGCAAAUACUACGUAGAUGGAGUCCCGAACUUAGCCGUGGAAAUGACUAGGGUGCGAUUUCGUCAUCCUAGCUUCACCGGCCGGUUCAUCGUUAUCGAUCCUCUUGACAUUCCUAUAAGCCGCAUAAGCAAUCACGUAGAAGAUAACGAGAAUGAUAAGCACGACGAUGUUGAUCACAGACACUUUUCUCCAGCUCUUCUUCAAGCUCCCGAGAACACCGGCUUUACAAGAGCUGCACUGUCCGGGUUUGUUGGUCCUAUCGUCCCUCCUCCUUGCAUCCAAUACGUCUCGUUACCAUAUGAAAACCCACAAUCUGUUGGCGGCUUGCAACAUCCAGACUGCAAUUUAGCAACAAUCACAUAUCAUGAUCCGCACUAA